AUGGAUAGGCUUAAGCAAAAGCUAAGGAAAUCUUCAAACGCAAAAGAAAAAUACGUGGCAGACGUCAAGUGUAUAAAAGAGAAUAUAAAAAUCAGGGAAAUAUUACGAAAUGUAAAAAUGAAUAGCAGUAUGCGUUUAAAGGCACCCACUGGGAGCAAAGUGAUGAAUAAUACGGAUUUCAGUGAUAGUGAAGAUUGUUUUGACGGUACCCUAAAGGAUGAGAACGACAUUUUACAACCGCCAUACGCUUUGAACCACAAUGUGAUUGUGUUAUAUCCAGAGUACGCGAGCGCCCCCAGUAAUUUGAAUGAACCAACUAAUCACGAACCAUAUCCGCCAUUGGAAAGAUUUAAAAGUAAUUCCGAAGCAAAUUUGCCAAAUAGCCUUAAAAAUGUGAGCCAUUUCGAGAAUAAUAAGCUGGUUAAGCUAGAACCAGUUAAACGCAGCGAGUCUAUGAUUCCUGAUGCAAGAUGUAUGAGUGAAAUUUUAAAUAGCUUGCCCUCGACCCUGCGAACCCGGAAGUUGUCGUUAGACCAAUCCGUUUUAGAUCGUCGGUUCACCCAAUCAGAAUUAGAUUUACACAGUUGUGGUAAAUUGCCGUUGGAACGAAAAUCAUCCUUUUUCAGAAAAAAGAUGGGCAGCUUCUUUCGGAACACAACACAUUUGUUUAGAAAACAGUCUUCAGUGAAAAAUAAUUCUAAGUCUUUGCAAUCCCUGGAUGAAAAUAAUUUAGGAAACGAUGAAGAAGUUAAGGAUUAUUCGCAAUCGCCCGGCCCUAUGGCUGGUAGCAAAAGUGAGACCAGUUUGAUCUCGGAAUCUACGGUCACCAGCACAUCAAGCAAUGCAGUACAAAAAGACCAAGCUUUAAAUAUAAGUCCAGAAAAUAGCACAUCCACUGUAUCCAUUCAACAUAUGUCUAAUAGUGUCCUUAGUUUAAAUGAAGAAUACAUUCAAGAAGCGAUGUUGACACCGAGGGCAAUUUCUAUGAGUUCUGGCUUGGAUAGCACUAGCGACCGAUGUGGCAGGAAAUUUAAAGCUAAUAGAGUUACAUGGCUGGCAAGCGAGGGAUUAACUAAUUAUUUCAGGCGUGUUAUUCAAGAUGAGAAGAGUAAAGAAAAAAUUAAGACUUUCCAUUCACAUCAAGAUUUUUCCAGUAUACCGGAAAACGAAUCAUAUGUUUCGAGUCUCAAUAUGGGCCGAAGGCUUUCCUACCAACGGGCUGUAUCCGGAGAGGAUCCGGUGACAACAAAGUAUCAAGAUUCCUUGUCCAGGCGAAAAUAUAGCAGUAUUGAUAAGAUACAGAAAGAUCAAAAAGAGGAAAAGAGCAUGGAGUAG